CUCAAAUCGAAAUAAUAAAUAUUUUAUCAAUAAAUUAAUUCAAAUAAAUUCUGUUUACUGUAAGGUUUUUUGUAUCAAUUGAACAGUAAUCAUGGACGAGUCUAGACUUGAUAUAUCUAAGCCGCUGUAUGAUCAAAAGACAUUUUAUGGCAGAUUUAUGCACUUCUUAUUUGUUACUGACCCUCGGACAGUUUUCGCAUCUGACGAAGAGCUAUAUGCUGCAAAAGACUUGGUAGAAAAAUACAAGCUUAGACAGGAACCAAGUGGAACUACCAGAGAACAAAUAAUCUAUGCUAAAAAGUUGUAUGAAUCAUCCUUCCAUCCUGACAAUGGAGAUCUUCAAAAUGUCUUCGGAAGAAUGAGUUUCCAGGCUCCCGGUGGCAUGAUAAUUACUGGUGCUAUGCUAACAUUCUACAAGAAUACUUCUAGCGUAAUUCUAUGGCAAUUUAUCAAUCAGUCAUUUAAUGCAGUCGUCAACUACACAAACCGCAAUGCAAAUUCACCAUUAACAACCACACAAAUGGGAAUUGCUUAUGUUUCAGCCACGACUUCUGCAUUAGUAGCUUCACUCGGUUCAAAGAGCUUUUUAGCAAAACGUGCAAGUCCAUUUUUCUUGCGUUAUGUUCCAUUCAUUGCUGUUGCGGCUGCAAAUAUGGUCAAUAUUCCAUUAAUGCGACAGAAUGAGAUAGUUAAAGGAAUUCAAGUCGAGGAUGAAGAUGAAAAUCCUGUUGGAAAAUCUCGUAUUGCAGCAACAACGGGCAUAAGUGAAGUCGUAUUAUCUAGAAUCGCGAUGGCAGCUCCAGGAAUGCUUCUCAUGCCAGUCAUAAUGGAGAGACUUGAAAAGUUCAAGACUUUCAAAAGAUUGCAUAUCCUGCACGCGCCGUUCCAAACCAUAAUGGUAGGUUGUUUCCUCAUUUUCAUGGUACCAACAGCUUGUGGACUGUUUCCACAACGUGCUACAUUAAGCACCGACUGUGUGAAGAAAUUCGAGCCUGAAUUGUAUCAAGAAAUGUUAGAAAAUACCAAAGGAAAAGUUCCAGACGUUGUUUACUUCAACAAAGGACUAUAAAUGAAUAGCCAAAGUAUCAAAUUAAAGCACACAAAGAUAGCAUUUCCAUUAAUUUGCAUUUAGAAUGCACAUCCUACAGUUCCUUAUAAUAUU